CUCCCUCCCGUCCGCGAUCGAAUCGAACACGGAAUACCGGCGCGAGGCAACGGGCCGUCCACACGUAGGGCGCGGUCGGACGGGAAUUAAAAGUAAAUAAAAUAGUGAUGGAGCUCAAAGGAAAGGUUGCUUUGAUUACCGGCGCGGCGGCUGGCAUAGGACUGGCUUAUAGUGAGGAAUUGCUGAAACAUGGAGCUAAGGUGUCAUUAUGUGACAUCGACUCCGACAUCGGCGAGCAGAUCUCCGACGAGCUGGGCGCGAAGUACGGACGCAAGAACGUGCUGUUCUGCCAGUGCGAUGUGACUGACUACCCGCAGUACGAAGAGGCCUUCGAGAUGACGAUCAAAGUGUUCAACCGGCUGGACAUCGUGAUCAACAACGCUGGAGUCAUGAACGACCGGUUUUGGGAGCUGGAGGUGGACGUCAACUUGAACGGCGUCAUCCGAGGCACCUUACUGGCGUACCGGUUUAUGGGCAAGGACCGCGGCGGACAGGGCGGUACCAUCGUGAACACGGCUUCCACUGCAUUCACAAGGCCCCAAGUGUCUACUCCCAUCUAUACAGCCACCAACUAUGCCGUCGUGGGACUUACCUGGGCCUACGGAGACCAGUACCACGUAGGACUGACAGGCGUUAGGAGCCUGGUGUUAUGCCCGGGGCUGACAGACACGGGCCUGGUCAAGGAAAUACGCAAACAGCUCAUGUCUUCUGAGUAUGAGGCGGCUUGGCAGCGUGACAAUGCCAAUGCCAAGACGCAAAGCUCAGAGCACGUAGGACGCGCUCUAGUCGAGAUCCUAACCAAAGGCCAGAGCGGCUCCGUUUGGAUCGUGGAGAACGGCCAACCCGCACGGGAGUGGCGUGGCUAAACUACCUUCACUCGACAACCUUCCAGUAUAUACUGCGAGC